CUAGCUGAUGCUCACACCUGACACCACACACCAGGGCACACACAUCGCAACAACACAAUGGACAGACAGAGACAAAGACACGACCAUGUGAGAAGGUGCGGGCAUGUGUACCAGGAGGUAUGUCAAUGUUGAGUGUGGCUUUGAUGAUUGGCGGGACGACCACGUGGGUGGGACUGGGAGGCAGCAUCGUGGUCGUACGGUGGGGAAUCACCUACACACACACAUCAACACACAGACACUUGGGAGUCACCUGUGCUGUGUUGUGGUGUGUGUGUGUGUGUGUGCGCGCGCUGACAGACCGACCACGGGGUAUUUGUUGUACUUGUACUCGUAUACGGGCACCUCAUAGGGCUUCUCAAUGUCCUUGUACCUGCACACACACAUUGCACACCGAGACGCCGGCCAGCCCAUGUGUGGGGCCCUGGUUGUGGCCGUGUGUCUGGUGUAAUGUGCUGACUUGACGACCUCGACCUCCCGGUCGACCACCACCUCUCUGUGAGAGGACACACACAGACACACACAAAGAUUGAUGGGAUGGCAGGGGAAGUCUUAUUGCAUGCGGGGUGUGGUGACUGCAUACUUCUCGACGACGACCUCCUUCCAGAUCGGCACCACCUCACCCGGUACAGGCACAUGACGCACCUGCGAAACACACAACAUCCACUCACACAACGAAAUCAUUGGCCCCGAGUGCGUGUGCCCGCCAAUUGCCUGGCUGACAGACCUCUUCUUUGACGAUGUACUUGGGCACUUCCUUGACGACCUCGACGGGCACGUCGACGUAGUGGGGCACGGGGACCUCCUGCACGCGCUCGAUGGUCUUGACCUCCACCUUGGGGACGUACUUGAUGACCGGCACGUGGAUCUGCACACAUGGACACAAAGAGGGAGGGAGAGGGGAUAAGGCAUGCAUUGAUGAUGCCCUCCCUGUGUGUGUCUGUGGGUCGGUUACGUCGAUGGGGACCGCCUUGGGGACCUCCUUGACCACCUCCACCACAUGAGGCACCUGUGGGUCCAAUCACAACGAAGGGCCGCAGGUGUGUGUGGGGAUGGGGGGAGGGUGAGUGAACACUGCUAUGCUGUGUUGGUUUACCUCGACGACUUUGUCUUUGUAUUCGACGACGGGGACCUCCUGGAUGCGCUCGACCGUCUUGACCACCGUCUUGGGCACCACACGCUCCUGGACCAACAGCGGACACACACACAGAGAGGGAGGAGGGGCAGGAGAGACACGGAUUAACGGACCGUGUCUCUCUCCAUUCAUCUGUGUGUGCGGCUUACGAUGGUUUUGACUUCGACUUUGGGCACAUAUUUGUUGACCACCUGCACCUGUGGCACCUGAACUCUCACACCACACCCACAUGGACCGUGAUGGACGGCGUGCCUCCGUCACUCUCCAUGUUUGUGCGUUGUGCGGUUGGCCUACCUCGACGACUCUGUCGACGUGCUGGACGACGGGCACCUCGACUUUGCGCUCGAUCCAUGAGUGGCUGAGCUCCGGCACCUGGCGGACGACCUCAUGGACCUCCGGCUUGGGGACGAUCUUCUGCGUGUAGACGGGCACCUGACGCUCGGCCACGACGUCCUCGUAGUGCACAUCGCUGUAGACGGGCACCUCCACCUCAACCUAUAUUGGCAGACCGCACACAACACAAAUCCUGCGGCCUGCUCAUGAAUGUCUUGCCCCUGUCUGUCCCCCUGCUGUUCACCGACUCACUCGUCGAGUCCCGGUCUGCACUUGUCCCGCUGGUGUGGUUGUGCGACCCAGGCGGACCAGCUGGGACUGUGUCAUCUCGCCCUCACCUCCUGCAUGCAAUAAACACGACACAUGACACAUAACACAGAGCCCCUCAGCCCUCAGCCUCAUUUCCCCCAUGGACAGCCUUCCCUCCCGCGUGUGCCUUUGCCCCUUUCUCCCCUCCCCCGCCCUGUCAUCUGCUUCACCUUGUUGCUGCUGUCCGAGUGCGUCCCGCACACUUACAGGCUGCCCCGCUGGGGGGCUGGCGGCCUGUGCGAAGGCGGCCGCCAGAGGGGAGCCGGGAGGGGCCGGGCCACUCAUGAUGAAAUCAAGUUAGAUGAAUGAGGGGCGGGGCGCGGUGCGUUGACAGACGACGAAGGACG